AUGAUUGGGGAUUGGGUAAGUAACUACGCAAAGAAGGCCAUUCAUUCUAAGAACUCCAAUCUAACCGACCUCGCGAAUACCUGCAACGCUCUUCUUAAAGGUGGUUUUCUGCGAGUACCACUUGGUGAGCUCAAAAUCAAUAAAGUUGAAUUAAUCGAUCUUAACCUAAUUAUGUCUUAUCCAUUUACUUUUGCCUUUAAAGAAUCGGCUUCUCAAGGUGGUCCCCCUCAAACGGAACGACAAAAGGCAGUUGCAACUCUUUCGAAUCUGGUUCAUGUCAACUUUGGAGAAGAUUGCAAAGGCCUGUUAACAAUAACCCCAACUGAAUUCGACGUAGCAGUUGAAAGAAUCUUCGGCAGCUACAAGAAUGCAAACCCAGAUUACUCGAAGCUACAUAAUUACUCUCAUUGGUUGGCGAACUAUUCUUCCGAUGAAAGUGACUAUAUUGAAAUGCCUGGUCAACGAUUGGAAUUUUCCUCAACAACUAAGCGCUUAAUAACCAUCGAACGCAUAGAUCCGAAUGUCAAGGUGAGAGUUCGCCUUUACUGUUCUCAACCAUAA